CAGCACAAAACAGGAACAAAGAAAAUUACAGAGAAAGCUUCUGGAAUCGAUUUUUUUUUUCAUUUUCAGAUAAUUUCAUAUUGAAUUUUUUAUUUUUUUAAUUGAAAAUGAAUUCUGAAACGACUGGUGCAUUAAAUUAUGGAAUCACAGAUCAUAUUUCGAUCCAAUCCAACGGCUCCGAUUCUCCUCGUCUCCCUCAUAAGCAACCAUUCAUCAUCGGUUCUAAUCUCUUCUCGUAUUCUUCUUCCUAUAUGGAAUAUUCUUUUAUUUUUUAUUUUUUUGAUCCAGGAGUUGCAGGAGGAACCGCAUCGGGCAAAACAACGGUUUGCAACAUGAUCAUCUCGCAACUUCAUGAUCAACGCGUCGUUCUUGUAAAUCAAGAUUCGUUUUACCGCUCACUCAACGAAGAACAAUUAAAGAAAGUUCACGAGUACAAUUUUGAUCACCCUGAUGCUUUUAAUACUGAGCUUUUGCUUUCAUGUAUGGAGAAAUUAAGACAUGGACAACUAGUUAGCAUUCCUAGCUAUGAUUUCAAGACCCAUACAAGCAUUGAACCCUCACAUCUGGUUAAUCCUGCGGAUGUUAUUAUUUUAGAAGGAAUUCUCAUCCUUCAUGAUUCUGAAGUUCGCAAUCUUAUGAACAUGAAAAUUUUUGUCGAUACAGAUUCUGAUGUGCGGCUUUCAAGAAGAAUUCAACGGGAUACAGUCGAAAGAGGGAGGAAUGUUAAAAAUGUGCUUGAUCAAUAUGCUAGAUUUGUAAAGCCUAGUUUCGAUGAAUUCAUACUGCCAUCGAAAAAGUUUGCAGAUGUAAUCAUCCCUAGGGGAGGAGACAAUCAUGUUGCAAUUGAUUUGAUAGUUCAGCAUAUCCUUACCAAGCUUGGCCAGCAUGAUCUAUGCAAAAUAUAUCCAAAUGUUUUUGUUAUAUUUUCAACAUUUCAGAUUCGAGGAAUGCACACCCUUGUCCGUGAUGUCAAAACAACAAAGCACGACUUUGUCUUCUAUUCAGAUCGAUUGAUUCGCCUGGUUGUGGAGCAUGGUCUAGGACACCUUCCUUUCACUGAGAAACAAAUCAUUACUCCCACAGGUUCUGUUUAUCCUGGAGUUGUGUUCUGCAAAAGAUUAUGUGGGGUCUCUGUUAUUAGAAGUGGAGAAAGCAUGGAGAAUGCACUGAGAGCAUGCUGUAAGGGAAUCAAAAUUGGGAAAAUUCUAAUCCAUCCAGAUGGAAAAAAUGGGCGGCAGUUAAUUUAUGAGAAGCUACCGGCAGACAUCUCAAGCCGCCAUGUGUUACUACUAGACCCUGUUCUGGCUUCAGGAAAUUCUGCGGUCAAGGCUGUAUCACUGCUUCUCAGUAAAGGUGUGCCAGAAACCAGCGUCAUCUUUCUUAACCUUAUAGCAGCACCCGAAGGAAUUCAUACCGUCUGUAGGAAAUUCCCAAAGCUAAAAAUCGUUACAUCAGAGAUUGAUUCAUCACUCAAUAGGAAUUUUGAAGUGAUUCCAGGCAUGGGGGAGUUUGGGGAUCGCUACUUCGGCACAGAUUAAUGAUUUUGCUCCCAGGGCUUAGCCUAACAGCUAGAUUGGUGCUACACCUUAAAAGAAACUCAUAAGCUAUUGACUCUGUCUAGAAACUCAUAAGCUAUUGACUCUGUCUAGCUAGUUUGCUAAAAUCAGUCCAAUUAUGAACAUUUUUCUACUAGGUGCAAAGGACAAAAUUUCUGGUGAAAGAACAAAUGUUCCUUGCUAGUACAAGUAUUAACACAUCGAUCCUACUUUCCCUAUAACUUUUUCCCUAUUUGGAAUUCAUUCAU